UUUGAGCCACGCAGACAAAAAAUAAUAAUGUUGUUGCGAAAAACUCAAUAUCAGUCGAUAAGUAAACACGUGGCAUAUUGCGAGUUCGCAGAGUUAAUUAGACUGUAAAUGAAGAGAUUCUUCUAGAGUCGUUCCUCUACGUCUUCUUCCCCAAAUCCUGUCGUUAGGGUUUCUCCCUUUGUCUUUCAGAUUCUCCUCCUCCACCUUCGAAUCCAUAAUUCGAGAUGACGAGGCUUAUAACUGAGACCUGUCAAUUAAGCCAAAAAUUCUUCUAAGUGAUUCAAGCCGAAGACUUUAUUUGUUGUGGUCUUGUUUGAGUACAGAGUAAAACAUCAGGGAGAAGCUGAGGAUGUCUAGCGGUCGAAACACCCACUGGUGUCAUAGAUGCCAGCGUGCUGUCCGGCUUCACGGCCAAGAGCCUGUAUGCUCUUAUUGUGGAGGAGGAUUCGUUGAAGAACUUGAUAUGGCUCAAGUUAGCCCAUUUGAUAUGUUAAGAGCUCAGAGGGAGGUUGUAGAACGUGAUCCGACUUUUGAUCUCAUGGAUGCUUUCUCAGCCUUGGUGAGGAACCGUUUAAGUGAAAGGAGCCGCGACCGAGAAAUCAGAGGAAGAGCCAUCAGUUCGGGUCCUGAAAACUUUCCUGGCCUGGCUCCUUUGUUGAUCUUUGGUGGUCAGGUCCCUUAUAGACUAUCUGGAGACACUGCAGUCGAAGCUCUCUUCAAUGGUGGCUCGCCUGGAAUUGGCAUCACACGUGGUAACACCGGCGAUUACUUCUUUGGCCCUGGUCUUGAAGAGUUAUUCGAGCAGCUUUCAGCCGGCACUACUCGCCGUGGCCCACCACCUGCACCAAGAUCAUCAAUAGAUGCAUUGCCAACCAUCAAGAUCGCGCAGAGGCAUCUGAGGUCGUCGGACUCAAACUGUCCUGUGUGCAAAGACGAGUUCGAAUUGGGAGCAGAAGCGAAGCAGAUGCCGUGUAACCACAUCUAUCAUUCUGACUGCAUCGUCCCGUGGCUGGUUCAGCACAACUCAUGCCCAGUCUGUCGCCAAGAGCUACCUUCAACUAGAGGAUCUUCAAGCAGUCAAAACAGAACCACCACCAGAAACUACAGUAGUAGUAGUAUCAGUAGCAACAAUCGUGAGAGCAGCAGUGAAAGAAGGAAUCCUUUCUCGUCCUUCUGGCCAUUUCGUUCGUCCGGUUCAAGCUCAAGCUCCACUCAAAACCGUGGAGGAUCAAGAAACUCGGAUACAACCGAUGAGAAUCAUAACUACCAUCAUCAGCAACAGCAACAAUCACAUAUGGGUUACAGUGGCUGGCCUUUUGAUUACUAACGAAAAGUGAGCUAAAGUCAACUUUGGUCUCACUAUUAUGCUUGUGCUUCUCCUUGUGUCUUUGUGCUUCCCUCUCUCUAUCUCGCUCUUUUAUCAACAACAUAAAUAAAUGGAUAAUUGUAGUUGUUACUGUAGAUUUUCUCUGUCUUUGUAAAACACUUGAUCGUUUUCUACGUGCUUUGUUAUAUAUGGUUUAAUUCAAGAGAAUUAGUGCA